ACGUCAGCGAACAUACCGAUACCGUAGGAUACCACGACUGCGAUGUCAUCGCCCCCAGCAGUGAAGCCGAAGAAAACAUUCGUCGCACAAUACCCACCAGAUCGGGGUCGGCCGGACUUCGAGGAGGCGUUACCGGACUACUAUGACGUCGCCGAGGAAGGAGCAGGAUCGAAGGUGAAGGCACCCGAGGAGCCGGAGGUGAGACUACAAGGACCAGUUGCGGGCGAGGAAAACAUGUUUUUUGACCAUGACGAUGCUCUGCCACCUUCACAUCUUCCGGCAUAUCAGGCUUCAGCUGAGACUGAUGAGCUUGUGUCUUUGGUGCGAACUGAUCGUGAUGGAAACGUUUCUACACAUGCACCGAUCCUCAAUUCAUCACCGCUAGCAUUGCAUAACUUCGUAUGGGAACAAGCACAGAUACCACCUCAAGCAAGCUUACGGAUUAAAGGAUGGCACACAGAGAACGUAACAAAUGAUUACAUCAGACCUGGGGAGGAUCAGAAUGGAUCGUCCAACAUGCCGAGCAAUACGCGUACAGUCAUUGAUUUUGACAUGGUCAUUCCUUUGAGUCAUCUACUGAAGUCUGGACAUGGGAGAAUGUUUGCGUGGAGGGACGAGUUUGCCACGUAUCGCGGGACUGCACAUGUCUGCACCCAAUCAGAGGCUCGACGAGGGGUGGGUAUCAUUGGCCGCUUCCUUAACAAGACGAAAGCUUUCGUUCUGCGUCGACCUGCGUAUGACGAGAUUGAUGGCAUGGGUCCGGUAUCUUUAAUGGAGGCUUGCUCGGAGUACGCGAGCAGCACGCAUCCUCUCCGUUCUUUCCACUUCACGAAGCAUGCGACAGGAUGGUCCUUUCCCACCCUGACUCGUGCUUUCACGGCAGCAAUCCGGUCCACGUAUUACCGUGAGUUCAUCGACAUCACCCUCGAAACUCGUGGAGAUGAUGUUAUCGUCCGUCCUCCUGGCCGCCUCAAUCGAACACUGGCGAACAAGUGGAUCAAAGCGUUGAUGUUUAUCUUGAUUAUCCCGUCAUUGGUAUUAUGGAUCCUGAGGAGGUGGUGGGGAGCGAGGUGGAGUACCCAUGGUGUUGCGUUUAGAUUGACUGAAGGGAUGAGUGAGGGCGAGUUCUUCCGGAGAUGGGAAGAAGAAGUGAAAAAAGGUGUUCAAACGAAGAGGCAGGGGACCUUGGAAUGGGUUUACGUAUGUUGUUCAUCAACGUCGGGGUCAGCGAGAUGAGCGGCGUGGGGAAACGAUAAUCUGCGAUGAGUGUUCAGGAAGAUCCGUCCACGAACGCGUCUUAAGACAGUCGUACGAUUUACAUCCUCACCUGUCAUCCGGGAGUUUUAACCCUAACUCUAGCAUGGUUUCUCACGGUCUCCCUUGACGUAACGUCAUGACUGUGUCUCACCAUGGGAUGUAUCACACAAUUCCAAGUCGAGCCCGUUUGGCGUAACAUCGUACGAUUGUGAAUGGCCACGUUGUUGAUACGGUUGAGUGUUGGUCGAAUCGAUGCUGUGACCCGUGCCUAUGUUCAUUGACCAUGCAGCUGUCACCGAGUGUGGAUUUGAAUUGUUAGGGGUCCAUUAUGAGCUCAAGCAAAGAUAAAAAAAACACCAAGAGAUCCCUCUGACACCAGGCUCGGGCCCA